GGCGGGUCUUCGCUCAGCUCGGGUGGAUAGCUUCUCUGACGCAGACGGCACUGCUGGGGUUUUGUCAGCCUGCACUGCCUCGACCCUCCGUCACAUUCUUCGUUCUGCCGACGCCCGGGACACACCUCAGCCGCCACAGGAACAUGUCUGACUUCUCGGAAGAUCAAAUCCUUGAGUUCAAGGAAGCAUUUCUGCUGUUCGACAAGACAGGAGAUGGGAAGAUCAACUUCAGCCAGUGUGGGGACGUCAUGCGCGCCCUGGGACAGAACCCUGUCAACGCUGAGGUGCUCAAGGUCCUGGGCAACCCCAAGGCUGAGGAGAUGAACACCAAGAUGCUAGACUUUGAACAGUUCCUGCCCAUGUUCCAGGCCAUCGCUAAGAAUAAAGACCAGGGCUCCAUGGAGGAUUUUGUGGAGGGACUGCGUGUCUUUGACAAGGAGGGCAACGGCACAGUAAUGGGAGCAGAGCUACGUCACGUCCUCACCACGCUAGGUGAGAAAAUGUCAGAGGAGGAAGUGGAGACGCUCUUGGCGGGACACGAAGACGCUAAUGGAUGCAUCAAUUAUGAAGCGUUUGUUCGCCACAUCAUGUCAGGCUGAGGGCCGGUACGGGCAUUGGAACUGGUCAGGAUGGUGAUGAACGGUUGAAGAAACAAAGAUCAUCCCACUGUUUUUUAUUUUUACCGUCACAUGUACCCUCUUUUUGCAGUUGGCCUCUACAUUGCUGCCCCCUCCUCAUUCCAUGGAUUAGUUUUCCACAUUUAAUUUAAGAAGUGCCUUUACAUUCCCAUCAAAAGACCACAAAUAAUCUGGCUGUUGCUCCCAAUUAUGUUGUUUGCAUUUAAAUAAAUGUUUUCCCUGAAAACUUA